AUGCGUGCGGGCCCCGUCUCAACCAUCGUGCAUUGGCACGGGCUGUUUUCCCGCACGCGGGGUCUUUUCCUCCCGCGCUUUGUCGGUCCUCAGGUGCUGGGCGCCGAAGUUCCAUCCUUCCGCAACUUCCCCUAUUGCGCGUGCGAGGUGCUGUACCUUUACCGGCACUUUCUUCAGCUAAUCGCCCACCACCACGCGCCCGAGGAGCGAAAGGAGCUGCUGUUUCGCCUUCGCCGUGAGUUCCUCAGCCGGCGUCAUCUGCGCGGGCAUCGCCCGAUUCUGGCGGCCCUGCGGCGAGGCCAGGGCAUCCUCGCCCUUCAGCGGCAGAUUUUGGACGGAAAGGGCACCCGGCGGCGGGGGUUGGCCUCUCGGGAGAAGGGCGCGGCGAGCGUGGACGGGCUGUGGGAGCAGCUCCAGCUCGUCAGUGGUCAUAAACUGCCCGGCCUCCGCAACUAUGAGGACUCCCUCCCGAUCUCGAACGGGCGAUACACCACCCAAGCAACCUCGGAUCGGGUCUACUCUAGAAGGCGCUAAACUAUUAGCAUUAUUAUUAUCAUUAUUUUA